GCAGCUCAGCAGUGCACUAGAGCCUCUCACCCAGUCUGUGCUGUGAGCCUGGUGAACCCGAAGUGCCCUCCAAAAUGUCUCAGCAGGACACAUUGCCAGUGACCCUCCCUCUUGCUGUCAAUCAGCAGUCCCUCCAGACGGUUUCUCCUUCCAUCGAUACCCAGCAUGAGCAAGUGAACAACUCAACUCCACAGCCAGCCCCAUGCCAGAAGGUGCCCUCUGAAUUCCCAGUGGAAGUCCCCUCUGAGCAGAGGAAGAAACACCCCUCUGGGAAGGGGGUGCCUGAGCAAGAGUGCCAGCAACAGCAGCACCAGGAGCAGCAGCAGCCACAGCAGCAGCCACCGGAAGCUGAGUGUGAACAACAGCUCCCCCAGGAGGAUGAACAGCAGCACUGGGGCCAUGGACAGCAGCAUCAGGAACAGCAGCAGCCACAAGAACAGGACCAACCGCACCAGAGACAGCAUCAGGAGCAGGAGGAUGCAUUCAUUGUAGAGCAGCAGCUAGAACAAAAGAAGACACAGAGGGAGCAGCAGCUGAACGUGAAGCUGGACCAGGAGCAGAAGCUCUCGGAUCAGCAAGUGGAUCACGAGCUAGCUGAGAAAGAUGAGCACCGGAAACAGAAAGAAGAGCAGCUUCUGCAGCAUCAGGAGGCGCAGGCUGAGCUCCCGGUGCAGCAGGAGGAUCAGCCUGUGCUUGUCCCAGUGCCUGACCAGGACCAAGAGAUCCAGGAAGUCCAGCCCCCAGCGGGAGAGAUAGUGUUCCCUAUAAAGCAGCAGCAGCCUCAGGAGCAGGAGCCGCAAUGCCCCUCCAACCAGCAGUAACUAACCCCAGUGUCUUAGAGGCCCUUAAACCAUUGCACACAACCAAAAGGAAAGCCACAGCCCAGGUUGCCUCAGCUCCCCAACAAGGGUGGCCCACUUCAUCUGUGAACUUGUCUGACCCUAGUAACUUAGCACGUCUCCUCGUCUCUUUGAUGAGAGUGAGGGGAAGGAGAAGUUAUUGCCCAGAUUCUACCUCCAGCGAGUCCCACCCCAACCUCAUGUGACCAGUGCCUCUGCCUGAGGGAAGUUAUUACUGUCACGGAUUUCACCCUGCUACUCUGGCUGACUCUGUGAGUGUGUACAAUGAGACAUAAUAAAUCCUGAAAUUCCUACAA